GAAUACCUGAUUGUGUGCUCCAUUUAGUUGAUUAAAAGACAAAUGACUGAUCACGUGACCGCUGUCUUCAUUAGGUGACAGAUAGCACGUACGGAGAAGACUUUCAGGAUGUUUUUUCAGGACUCAAAAACAGAAAGGGUGAAAUGAAACAGUGGUCGCAGGCAGGGUCAGGGUUGAACAGUGAGUAUACAGCUAUAAAGACACGGGAAAACAGGAUCAGGUCAAAUGAGAAUGUAGCUCAUUGACUAAUCAGAUUAGUCGGGAUUAGAUCUGUAGGCUUGACGCGUCUGCAGCGGGUUUGAAAGCAACAGAUGAAUGUGGGAACUUCCAUCACAGCGAGACAGAAAGACACCGAACAUCAAAACAGGAUCCAUUCACCGAACCACAAUCAAGAUAUCGAGGAAUGAAGACGGCCUGUAAAUGUCUGCGGAUGUGCUGCGGUCAGCGUUUGCUUGGACUCUCAGGGGUCAGCCCAUAUUACGCUAUAAACGCUCCACAGCCUGCAGCUGACACACUUCAUCAAAGCUGGUCAAAACCCAGCUCAGUUGUGUAUGGUGACAUGAAUGGUGCGAGUUCAGAGAAGUGUGUUCAGCGCGAGCGCACCAGUGCUCUACACCGGACACUUCUGAGGGCUGAAGGAGAGAUUCAGGAACUGAAGGAAGAGAUUUCCAAUCAAAGAGCAUCAUGGGACAUGAGGUUUGUGGAGCUGCGAAAGAGACAACAUGAUCUGAGAGAGCAGCUGACCUCAGAGAUUCUGGGACGGUCGGCAAGGCUUUACAGAGAUGCUGAUUCAGAAGAAGCAAGCGAGGUGUUCACAGAGUCUGGCCUGGAGAAUGGACUCUCUGAGGAGCAGCGACACCCAUGUUCAGGUGGUCUUAAACGCACAGGAGUGCUUAGAGAAGACCGCUUGUGUGGCGGUCAGGCUUCCUGGCCAUCCGUCAUGGACACGAGGCACCGGAGGAGCGGAGGACGACCUCAUCGGGUGUUUGUGCCCCACUCCCCACUCGAGCUGAAAAUCGGGCACAGGGUCCGAAUCAUGUUGCCGUCCGGACGGAUCCGCACCGGGACCAUACGCUACCUGGGCCGCGUGAGCAACUCGUCUGACUGUCGCCUCGGCGUGGAGCUGGAGGCGGCUGAGAACGGUCAACAUGAUGGCACCUGUGAGGGACAGCGCUACUUUGACUGUGAAGCUGGACACGGUGCUUUUGUGACCGUCAGUAAAUUGUUAAUGGCUUGGGAGUAGACACAUGAACAUACUCCUGCAGGACGGAUCCACAGUCCACUUCUGUAUACUUUAACCUUUCAUCUAGUAGAACAAUAACUACUCGUUGUGAGAUUAGUGACCCUGUUACCUUAAAGGUAAAACCACUGCAGAAGAACGUCUCAGUGACUGUUAGAGGUGGGUGGUGAGGCACGUUCUGUGUAAUGUUAGAGUUCAUCUGCUAAUGUCAUUGAAAAGCACACAUACGGUAUGAUAUGAACUAUAUUCUCCAUGAGGAUAUUUGUCCAUAAGAGCCCUUUUAGUCCUGACCGUGGUUCUGUUCAUCGCUCUUACAGUAUAUCUCAGUUUAAGUGUGUUUUUUGAUGAAUCUGCUGAUGGAUUUUUGCACUCAGAAAAAGGAUGUGUUGAUUCUUAACAGAUUGUUUAUGUUAUGCUAUUUAACACAUGAUGUGUACAUUGAAAUAAAAGUGGUGUU